UUCCUUGAAUUAGCCCACCAAUUACGAGUGGCUACUCCUUUUCCAAGACCUCACUUUUGAUUCCCUCUUCGACUCUUGCCAUCUCCAGCUAUAGUGCAGCAAAUCCUUGCUUGAUUAUUCAAACAUGGCGUAAAUUUCCUUCUUCUUCUACAAGCAUUCUCUUCUCAUUCUUCUACAAUGGUGUUUCCUCUUUUUAAACUUGGUACUUUAGCUUUGAAAACUGCUUGCAAACCUAUUGCUAAUCGUCUCAAGAAAGAGGCCAGUUUGCACCCUAGAUUCCGUCAACGAAUCAUCAAUUUUGCUCAGGUUAAUCAUCGAUUGACAACACAGAUACAACGGCGCAUUUAUGGUCACCGAACUGAUGUUGAGAUUCGCCCUUUAAAUGAGGAAAAAGCUGUACAAGCUGCUGCUGAUCUCAUUGGAGAAGCCUUUGUGUUCACGGUUGCUGGAGUUCUUGUUAUUUUUGAGGUGCAAAGAAGUGCCAAGUCAGAAGCUCGGAAGGAAGAAGCACGUUCACAAGAGUUGCAGGCAAUAAAACAGCGAGAUGAAGAAUUGGCUGGAGAAGUCGAGGCUCUUAAAAGAAGGGUGGAAGAAGUAGAACAAUUGAUCAAAAAACAAUUUAAAAGUAGUAGUAUUUUCAACGUCCACAAAUCGCCACCUAAAGCACAGGAACAAAAACAACCCGAUUGACCAUGCAGAAAUUCAUUUUAACAAAUUCAUGAAGAUUUGACCGAUGCAGGAAGUACUUUUCCAAUCUACGCUCUAUACAGCUCGAUUCCCCAUAGAAAGACAUGAGAACUUUUGAUCGUAAAUAAUACGUUGUUCCUGCAUACUUAUUCACACUUUGAAAAGGUGUGUGUUUGUAAACAGUCAUAAACAGCAGUUCAUAAUUCAUGUCCAUGAACAUGAUGGCAUUUUGUUACCAA